CAGCCAUUUUCUUCUUGCUCAAUUGCUUUCCUUUGGUGCCGGUAGCUUCGCGGAGGGCUCCUUGAGAGGAAGGCCCGGUGGUUCUCAUCGAAGAGAAAGAGUAGUGGUGCAGUUUUCGGGGGUCAUGGGAGAGAGUUCCUUGUCGAAUAUUGCGUCGGGCAAACAAGGCCGACUUCAGCUUCUUCCUGGUUUUAGGUUUCACCCGACAGAUGACGAGUUGAUCACAGAGUAUCUGAUGAAGAAGAUCGCCGACACCUCAUUCACCGCAAUGGCAGUAGGCGAAGUGGAUCUGAACAAGUGCGAACCUUGGGAUCUUCCCCGGAAAGCUACUAUGGGAGAGAAGGAGUGGUACUUUUUUUGUUUGAGAGACAGGAAGUACCCAACGGGAUCGAGGACCAACAGAGCCACAGAAGCUGGCUACUGGAAGGCGACCGGAAAGGACAAGGAGGUGUACAAGUACAUGGAGCUUACCAACAAGGAGAAGGAGACGAUGAAGGUAGCUGAAUUGGUGGGGAUGAAGAAGACCCUCGUUUUCUACAAGGGGAGGGCGCCCAAGGGUGAGAAGACCAAUUGGGUCAUGCACGAGUACCGCUUUGAGGGAAAUCCUUCCUUCUGCAAUCUCCCUGUGGGAGCACCUAAGGAUGAAUGGGUAAUUUGCAGAGUGUUUCAAAAGAGCCUAGGUGGGAGGAGGAUUCCACUGCCGGGCUUGUUUGAGGGGCACUCGUGUGAGGGCGAGAUGAACCUUCCUUUGCCAGCACUAAUGGACUCUCCCUGCAUCAACCUGCGACAGACUGAACCAGGAUGUAGCAGUCAACAACCGCAUGUGUCCUGCUUCUCCAGUUUGCCGGAGGUGGAUUGCGUCAAUUCUCGGAAAGCUAAGGAGGCAGCAGCGGCAAGAGACCGCCAACCUUCUAUGUCGAAUAAUAAUUGCUUCAACCCCUCACCCAUGAGAACUCCCACCCGUGGCCCAACCAUCAUAGCAGACCCAUCUUCGUCCCUGCUUUUCCCCGGGCUUCGUAUAGAGAAACCUCUAGACAACCACACCACCACCGACGUCAACUCGGUGCUGCCUUGGGUGCCGGCGGACUCUCAAUGGUACCUAAACCCAUUUCUGAUGAACCCUUACCUUGAUCCCGUUGAUGCAGAACUGCUGAGGGCAAUUGCGCGCGUCCAGGAAAGCAACGACAACGGCAACAACAACUACUGGGACGCCCGCCAAUAGUACCGUCCCGAGGAGAGGAUGAAGUUAUUUGACGAUCAGCCAAUGAAUCCCCAAAGCAGCACAAGGUUCGGUUCUGUUGUGAUGGCUCAAAACUCUGCGUCUCCUGCAGUUCCGUUGUUGAGCUUGACAGCCUUUUGGAAUUACAAAAAUAAUAUAAGGUCUGGCAUCGGAUCAGAAAUAGAGCGGCAGCGGCAAUAUAUGAAUGGUAAUGCAAGGGUGUUGUGCUUUUUGUUGUCUGUGCUUUCUGUUAAUGCAGUAAUACGUUAUAUAUAUGCUUGCGUACAAGGGAGGAGAAAAGAAGAAAACGUAUGUAUAGAUAUAAAUGACCAAAUGAAUGUGUCUUUCUUUACUGCUGGAGGUUGAUCAUAUGCAUUUGGGUGUAUGCGGAUUUGUGAUGUAAUGGAAGUUUUGUG